UACUUUGUUUAGUUUAUUUAGAGACCUGUUUGGAGGUUAUGGAUGAUAAGCCCAAUCCUGAAACCCUAAGUGAGAGUUCAGAGCGUCUCUUCUCCUUUGGAGUUAUUGCAGAUAUUCAAUAUGCUGAUUUAGAAGAUGGCUAUAAUUUCCAUGGAAACAGGCGGCGAUACUACAGACACAGUCUUCUUCACUUACAGGGGGCCAUUGAAGACUGGAAUAAUGAAAGCAGCACACUCUGUUGUGUCCUUCAGCUUGGAGAUGUCAUUGAUGGGUAUAAUGCACAGUAUAAAACAUCAGAAGAGUCCCUAGAACUUGUUAUGAACACAUUCAAGAAGCUUAAAGUUCCAGUUCACCAUACAUGGGGAAAUCAUGAGUUCUAUAACUUCAGUAGAAACUCUUUAACAAACUCUAAACUUAACACAAAGUUCCUAGAAGACCAGAUUGUACAUCAUCCUGAGACUAUGCCUUCAGAGAAUUACUAUGCUUACCAUUUUGUACCAUUCCCUAAAUUCCGGUUUAUUUUACUCGAUGCUUAUGACUUGAGUGUCUUGGGCAUGGAUGAGUCUUCUCCAAAAUAUCAGCAAUGUAUGAAGAUACUGAGGGAGCACAAUCCAAAUACGGAACUGAAUAGUCCUCAAGGACUUUCUGAGCCCCAGUUUGUCCAGUUUAAUGGAGGAUUCAGUCAAGAACAGCUGAACUGGUUGAAUGAAGUUCUUACAUUCUCUGACACAAACCAAGAAAAGGUGGUGAUCGUGAGCCAUCUUCCCAUUUACCCAGAGUCCUCCGACAGCGUGUGCCUGGCCUGGAACUACAGGGACGCCCUGGCAGUCAUUUGGUCCCAUGAGUGUGUGGUGUGUUUCUUUGCUGGUCACACUCAUGAUGGUGGCUACUCUGAAGAUCCUUUUGGUAUACACCAUGUCAGUCUAGAAGGAAUUAUUGAAACAGCUCCAGACAGCCAAGCGUUCGGCACAGUUCAUGUCUAUCCUGACAAAAUGAUGUUGGAAGGGAGAGGCAGAGUUCCAGACAGAAUUAUGAAUUAUAAGAAGGAAAAAGGAUUCCAUUUUUAGUCUGAUGUAUUUUAGUCUGAUCUCACAAAGAGAAAUGAGCUUUUUGUUUGCCCCCCCAAAACAAAAACAAAAAUAAAAAUCCUCAAUCUCAUUGGUUA